AUGCAGCCAGCAGCACCGCAGCGGCCAGAGCCUACCAAGUUUACGCCGCAGGAACUUGAGGCACUGCGCAACAUUAGCAGCAAUGUGAUGACGUGCCGCUUGGUCGGUUUUGUCGGUGGCACGGCCGGCAUGUACUAUGCCCUGCGCCGCAUGAAAAACCCGCCACGCUUCGCGGGUCUCUGUUUCUAUACGUUGCUGGGCGGCUUGGGUGGAUCGAUGCUCAUGGUGCCGUUUGGCAUCGCAUGGAGUCGCUCGUCGCUUCGCUCGAUUGAAGACCCGCGUCACCUCAUGAACGCCAUGCAGUACACGAUGGACCAGCGGCGACGAGGCAUCAAGACCAAUCCCCUGUCUGACGCGCCCACCGCCGAGCCCGUCGAUAGAAGCAAUGACUGGGCCGAUGCCGCACCACGAUCCAGCGAGGCACCGCCAGCUGCAUCGGCCAACUGGUCGUCCUCGUCUUGGGGCGACGCUCCGCCCUCGUCGUCGGCACCCAAGUCGCGCUGGGACGAGCUCCGUCAGAACCGUACCAGCGAGCCGAGCCAAUGGGAGCAUCUACGACAGCAGCAUGCCAGGAACGCUCUGCCUGCCGAGGCGCGUGGUAAGGCAUCGCCACCGCCACCAUCCGACGAGCCCGUCUCGGACUAUGACCGUGCCAUGAAAGAGUACCGCGCCGCUUUUGAGCGCGAGCGCCAAGGCAUUGACGUGACAACAGGGUUUGUCGAGCAGAACAACACGCUACGUACUUAG